GCUUUACCUAGACCGUUAUUCAGAAGCUACAAACCUAUCGAUGACACAACCGGAGGAUAUUGGUAUACAGGAGUGUUGUGCAACAUUGAGCAUCUCGAACUAGAAAUGCCCAGGUACGCCGUCAAGGGAGGUAGCGUAACCCUUCGCUGCAACUACAGUGUGAAACCGGAACACUUGCAUAAGGUGGAAUGGCUGAAGGGCGAGGACAAACUGGUCCAGUACGUUAAGGGACGGAAACCGGCUUUUAGGGCCUGGGAAAUACCUGGGGCGAAGUUACACAAAGAUCACUACGAUGAAAAACACAUUCGUCUCUCCAACCUUACUUUUGCUGCAAGCGGAUCAUAUUACUGCAUAGUAUCCAUGGAAACGCCCAGUAUUUUUACUAAAGACUCAGAAUCCAAAGAUUUAACGAUCAUAGAUCCACAAGAGUAUGACCCAAAGAUCACCUUCGAGAAAGAAACAUAUUUUGUUGGAGAGACCUUAAAGGCCAACUGUACCACAGCUCCUGCAAAACCUCCUCCGCAUAUUACCUGGCUGAUGAACGACGAAAAGGUGAGAGAUUCACUGACAAAAUCCUACUCAAAUGGUAUCGUACAUGGCCAUGGAUACUUCGAAACAAAAGCACCCUCGAUCAAGCAACUAUCCAUAGAAGUAUCCCAGCUACAUGCCGGCGAAGACGGCAGACUGAGACUGACGUGUGUGGCAACCAUUCCAGGAUAUGUCAGCAAAGACAGCGACUAUGCUGAUAUCAGAAACAGCACCGCACUGAUCGAAAUAUUAGAAAUAGAAAGCCCUGCUCUACCAUCUCCUGUAGAAGCAGCAUCUUCGUCUCAAUUUUUAAGAUUUCACGUCAUUCUAUUGGUAAUCCUAGUCCUGACGACGUACCAACUGGUCUAUGGAAAAUUGGUCAAAAAGAGAAUUGAGGAAGAAUACUGGGAUAUGGAGGCUGAAGAACAAGCGGGGUUUAGAGCUGGUAGAUGCACGGUCGACCAUUUAUUUACACUGACACAGAUAAUUGAGAAAAAGAUGGCAAGAAAUCAAGAAAUACAUCUCCUCUGCGUAGACCUCAAGAAACCAUAUGAUAGUGUACCCCAGUCUAAAUUGUGGGAAGCCCUCGAGCAUAACAUUAAUUAA